AUGGAUCGAAUUACUAUGCUGGUGAAAGACAAAACUAAGCAGACUCAAGUUCAUGAUGGAUAUUCCCCUCAGUAUCCUGGCAAGAGGUGCUCAAGGGAGGAAACCCUAAUGAGGUUGAUGGCUAAGGGAUCUUUGGGUGUAUUAUCUAGAGCUUUGGGCUGGAAACUUCGUCAUAGGUGGUUCAUGUUGCAGUAA